GAGAGACUGAACCGAGCGGCGGUGGAAGAUCAGCGUGAACAUGGCGGACACCGUACGCUCACUCUUCGACUAUCGGCAAACACACAGUCUCGAUAGCGAAGGAGAAGGCAUCAAACCGGCACCGCCACUGAGAGGGCGCGGCUGUGGGAGGAAAAGGAAAGGGACCCCCGUGAAAGUCUUUCUUACACACACCGAGGAAGAGUGCGUGCCUGAACGCAGCUUCAGCCCAGGUGAUCGUAAAGAAGCAGCAGAGAACAAGCGGCUCGCGCUGGACGGCCCUUUCUACAACUCAGAGCCUGCUCCUCACCACUGUUCUCCAUCAGCUCAGACUCAUGACAAAGUCUCCUCCGGAUCCAGGACGGGCUCCUGCUCUGCGUCUACCCCAGCCACCUCCUCAGCCCUGACCCCAGCACCGCUCCCCGCUCCGGCCCCGGCCUCCUCAGCUCAGGCCCCGUCUCUGACGCCCGCCUCUACGGCCCCGGCUGCACCGACCGCCUCCGCUCCAGCCCCGACAGCCAGCCCGUACCCCCCGUCUCCUAACUGCCGCAUCCGAGAGGUCCACUGCGGUAGUCAGGUGCGACUGGUCGUCAUCGCCAUCCGAGACAUCACCAAGGGGGAGGAGAUCACUGUGGACUACAGCCUGACGGAGUGGGGGGAGAACCUGAGUUUCCGUGGCACUGCGUCUCCAGCACAACACGAGUGUAACUCCGACAGUGAGAAUAACAAUAAUAUCAAAAAGGAGGAUGAGCCCCUCCUGCUGUCAGUCCAGCAUCGGCAGCAGCAGCAGGAGUAUGUCACCCCCUCAUGGUCUCUCUCCCCCUCCUCCUCCCCCAUCUCCCACUCUGACGGCAGUGACUCGGACGCUGCAGAAGAAGACAACGCCAGCCCCCGCGGCCGGGCACAACAGCGUCGCAAGAAACGGCGCAACACCCCUUCAAAGAAAAGGACCCCCCAUCGGACGCCGCCUGGGCGGUCUUCGCUGGUUUCGCCCAACAGCAUUCCUCACAACCGUCCGCUUUCUUCAUCCCACCCUCCAGUGCAGUCCUCCCCUCCCCCCUCCUCCUCCUCUUCUGCUAAGUCUGUGUUCAAAGCUCCGGCUCCACACGGCGCUAACACCAAAGGCAUCAGCAGCGCAAUCGCCCCCCGAGCAGGCGUGUCCAUAGACGCCAUGCGCCAAACCUGCGAGCACUGUGGACGUCACUUCCGCUCCCUAGGUCGCCACCUGGAUAAACACCAUGCCCACCAACCAGAAGUGUGCUCCGCCCUGGUGGAGCGCUACACACAGAUGCCCCGUCUGCAUCCACAGAGCACAAACUCUCCCACCGCUCACACACACUCUCCGCCGGACUCAUUGUCUCCCCCGGGCGAAAGACAGAGCCGCAGUUCAGAUCUUCCGCAGACUGGCGUCCAGGACCUCUCCAUGCCUCCGCCCACUCUCACAACAGCCGACCAAUCCCCUGCCUCCUCUGGGAGGAACUCCACCCCUCCUUUGCUGACUCCUCCACCAGGACAGAGCGCCGUUCCGGUGUCGGUGCUGAAGAGAAGCCCCCCCCCCGUGGCUGUGACGCAGUCCAGGAAGGGAGCAAUGAGAAGGAUGAAAACAGAAAGACAGGAGGAGGGAGAAGUAGAGGAGGAUGGAGAUGAUGACGAUGUGGAGGUUGUGGAGAUAAAGACGCCUAAAGAGGAAGAGGAGGAGGAGGAGGAUCUUGAGGUGGUGUGCCCUCAGCACUUCAGCAGAAAUUUGGCCAAAGACAUUGAGCCACCAAAGGAAGAGGAAGAGGAGGAGGAGGAGGAGGAAGAGGAGAAUGGAGUGAUGGAGGUGGAAGAUGAAAGUGGGGCAGAGGAUAAGGACAAGGACUUGCUGAGUGGAUCCGGACGUCACCACAUGCUACCCCUCCUCUCAUCCCUGUCCUCUCUGGUGCUGUACCUCCGUCGGCUGCAGCACUCGGCCUUCUUGUCCCUGUCCCGGCAGCUGCAGUCGGCCGAGGCCUGGCGCCUUCUGUGCCACUCCAGCCUGGCUCUCCUCAUCCUGUACAACCGCCGGCGUGAGUGUGAGGUCUCCAAGCUGUCCAUCACAGAAUAUCGCGCUCGCAUCACUCCCCAGUGCCCGGUCCCUGUCCCACCGGGCGCCCCUCCUGCUCUCACUCCGUUAGAGGCCUCCCUGUCCCCCUUCGAGCGCCUGGUGCUUCCCCACCUCCCUAGAGUCGGGGUCCAGGGUAAACGAGGACGAGUCCAGCCCCUAAUCCUCCCGCCUCACUGCGAGCCCUGCUUGGAGCUCCUCCUGCAGACACGGCAGGAUGUGGGAGUCGACCCCGCAAACCCGUAUGUCUUCGCCAGGCCUUACCACUCCCCUGCCACGCCACUGCGAGGUACUGACCUGCUCCGCAGCCUCGCCCGCUCAAGUGGCACCCGCAACCCCCGUGCCCUGACCCAGACCAGGGUUCGCCGGCAGGUAGCCAUACUGACGCAGCUGCUGCUGCUGGGAGAAGGAGAGGAGCCAGGGCAGCCCGGGGGCAGCGCUGUGGAGAGGCUGGAGCACUUCCUGGAGAGGGAGUACCAUGUGACACAGAACUGUGCUGGAAUUGGACAAGACCCAGGCCUGAUGGGCAGAGUGGGCAGAGUGGUGCUGUGCGGAGAGAGAGAUGGAGUCCUUUUCAGAGGAAUGAGCCUGAACCACAUCUGCCUGGAACUGGACGUCAUGUCGGGAAACUCUGCAGACUCGUACUCGGAGGGAGAGUCUGAAGGGGAGCAGAUUAAGGAGAAGCCCGAGGUACCCCCACCUGCCCCUGCCCCUGCUCCUGCUCCCACCCCUACACCUACCCUUCUGUACGUCAGGAAGGGCAAGAACAAUGGGCGGGUGGGACGACCGAAGAAGCUGAAGAACAGCCAGCUAGCCCUUCCACCUCCUCCACCUCCCUCCACACAGCACAGUCGAGGCUCAGGACAGGCCAAAUCAGGAAAGCGAGGCGUCCUGAAGCGUCCCUGGUCAGAGGCGGAGCGUGCUGCUGUCGAGGAGCACCUGACCCAAAACAUCACGGAGCUCCGGGUCCCCGCAAAGGCUGACUGUGAGCGCUGCCUGCAGCAGUGCCCCCUGCUGGUCAGCAACCACCGCGACUGGAGAGCCAUCAAGUUCUAUUGCCACAAUCGCAUCCAGCUGCUGAAGAAAAACCAGCGUCGGGAAAACGAGCCCCUGCCCCUCACUGUCUGCUGAGGGGGGGAGAAUGUUCGGGGGAAGGAAAUAGCCCGAGGUCGGGGGCAGCUAAUCAAAGCAGAUACUCAAAUGGUACCCUUCUGCCCAGGAAAUGCACUAGUCUUGAGAGGACGGUCCUAAAUCUUUCACUUAUCGUAGCCUGGUUUGUUUCGGACACUGAUUUUAAUUUGACACGUGAUGGCGCUUUUCAUUUGAGCCACAAAAGAACAGAAAUCUGAAUUCAUUUUUUUGCUGCUCUACUUUAAGGUCUUAAAAAAUGACACUAGAGUCUUCACGAUGCUCCCGGUAUGAGGGUCAAAAGCGGAGCACUAUGACGGGUCCCGUUUGGGACUUUCGUUGGGGAACUUCAGAGACCAUGACAUCGGCCGGAGCUGGUGAUUUGUUGUACAUGGACAAUUUCUUUCUCUCCUUCCAAAACGCAUACACUGAACUGAAAUGUAAACAGAGGAGGCAGUGGAGCCCUACAGUGUUGUUGAACGUCGUGAAGUAGCAUUAGUGUUUCACUCGGAGACGUUAAUAGGACAGACGGCCCGUGCUUGGGCCACAUGUUUCUUAAUAGUGGCUAUAUAACUAGAGUAGGCAAUACUACUGCUAAGACUAACCAUAUCUUAUUAUACAACUGACUGUAGUCUGACAAUGGUUUUUAUUAUAUUUGGACCAUCAUUUAGAUGUGAGGUACUCGUGGAGGAUUGAAUUGCUCCAUUGCAGUUGCUAUGAAGUUUAAACUUAAAGUGAAAUUCAAGAUUUCAUGAGAGAGACAAUUAAACGGCCGCAGAAUGUUGUGAAGUUACUUUUGGAUACCUAAGAUGUUUUGUUAAACCACAGAUCCAGAAACAUGAGGACUGUUUGGAAACCUGUUGAGGAACGUUCUUUUCUUGUUUCCUUUUUGUCUUUUUUCUGCCUGUUGCACAUUUGUUAUUCAAAGCAGUAAAGAAGGUGCUAUAGGCCAAUAAGCUGGAUAUCACUUUAUAUGUAGAGAGGAGAUUUCCCAUGGUUGUGUUAGAAGUUUAUUAAAAAGUGGGCAUUUAUCACAGAAGUGAUUUUUCUGUCUCCACAGUUGUUGCAUUGUUAAUGUUGUCUGUUCCAAUCAGCUAGAGCUCCUCCUCUCCCAGCCACACUACACGGUUUGCAGCUCCACCACAUUUUGGGUUUAUCUUCUGUGUCGCUUAAAAUCUGUUUCCCAUCGGACGUAAACCUCCAUGAAACCUAGAAGACAGAUACUUGAAGUUAUUUAAACCUUUUGCAGACUCGUUUGUUCUUUCUUGCUCUAGCCUUGCCAGUUACAUUGUACAUAACAAAUAUAUUAUCAUUAUGCUAACUGGUUGUCUGUGCUAGACGAUGUAGCUUUUUUCAUUUCUGAGUUAUUGCUAUCUGUAAAUAAGCCUGUUUGUAAAUAAUUCUCAGAGAAACAAAGAAAAAACACAAUGUAUGACAUGCCUUGGUUAAUGUGUUAUGUUUUUUCUUUUUUUAUAAGUCUUAUAAAAAUGUAAAGCUCUA